AUACAGAGACGAAGAGUUCCAUCCGCUUUGCGAGCAAAGAGGACGGGUGCACCCCACGGGGAGUUGCUGGGUUUAAUGAAACCCAGUCUUAGGAGCUCCUCACGCUGACGCUUGAGUUCAGUGGCCUCGGGGAUCGAGAGUCUGUAGGGUGCCUGGUGGUGAAAACGAUAUUCAAGCACGAGCUGAAUGGAGUGCUCGACGUCACGCAUUGGUGGGAUGCCGGCGUACGAGAACGACGAUGGGAAAACGUCGUGGUACUCUCGGAUGAGGUCACGAACUGCGGGCUCCAAGUCAGCCGUAUAUCGUGCGAGUUCCUCAGCGUCAGCGUCAGCGUCAGCGCGCGACGUCGGGGUGGACUUGACGGACGGCGGAGGGACGGAAGUAGAGAUGGGAUCCAUGGAGAUAGAGGGGGGAUCUGGGUCCAGAGGGAUGAGCUUGGCGUCGGGACAGGGUGGAUCAUAGUGUAAGAGAUCCGUCACGUCCACCAUAAAGAAGGUGACGUCGUCCUGUCGAAUGAAGUGAGCGAACUGCCGAGGCGAGGUGACAGUGAUAGAGGGAGAUGGUGUGGGCACUGAAGGCUCCGGGGGAGGAGGAUCGGGGCGUGGUGUCGUCGUGGUACCUUUAAAAGGUACGCGAUACGUCUGUCCACACUUGGUUUUGAGAACGAGAGUGUUGGUCGCCCAAUCGGCCUCGGUGCUGCAGAAACGACAAGACCACGGAGUGAUGAGAAUGAAGUCGUACCCCGUCU